AUGACCGAGAGGCUACGUUGGCUCGUGGACAGCAGGAGGGGACAUGAACUUGCAGAGGAAGAGGAGCAGCAUCUAGUGAGGAAAAAAAAAAAAAAGAAACGGUUUAAAAAUGGUUCUGAACACUUGCUGUGGCAACUAAGGCUCCAGCCGCUUCAUGGAGUUCAGAGACCCUUGAAACCAGAAAUUACCAUAACUUACAUUGCUGUUUCAGCUAUAUUCUUUAACAGUGGACUCUCAUUAAAAACGGAGGAGCUGACAAGUGCUUUGAUGCAUGUGAAACUACACCUUUUUGUCCAGAUUUUUACGCUUGUGUUCUUCCCAGCAGCAAUCUGGCUCUUUCUUCAGCUAUUAUCAAUCACACGUAUAAAUGAAUGGCUUUUAAAAGGCUUGCAGACAGUAGGCUGCAUGCCACCUCCUGUGUCUUCUGCAGUAAUUUUAACCAAAGCUGUUGGUGGAAAUGAGGAGCUGCUAUAUCUAAUUUAG